CUACCGCAGCUGACGCCUAGAUCCAAUUUGAUUGGACAAUAUUGGAGUAACUGACAGAGCUGUGCAAUUUUGGCCAAUCAGAGAAAAGCAAUGUAGGAUAUACGGGGACACAACAAAGGCGGAAGACACUGGUAUCACACAUAGAGUCGACGUGUUUCUAAAAAUUCGACCCCAAAAUACUCGUUCUCUGGAGUCCCCCCUUCUGACAGGUUACGCAGGUAGUGUUCAGCCAUCAUGAAGAAGUUCUUCAACAAGGUCAAGACCGACAUGACCUUCAAAAAGGCAGGGGAAGGCCACAAACUGACGGAAGACACCAGAAGCAAGGCCGUCCCCUCUAGGACACCCGCGGAAAGAGCUCACCCCUCGCAGGGCGCCCAACAGGCCGGCGCCGCCGCCUUGGCCAGGCUCGAACAGAAGGACCAGAGUAAGAACAAGAGAACGUCGUCUGCUAUCAAAGCCGCUGCUCGGGCCGAAGCCGCGGAGAGGGAAGCUAGGAGUACCGCCGUCAGUACGUACGCCACCCCGGCUGAACCUGAGGUACACGAGUGUGCCCCGGUGUUGUCAGUGUCAGGGGUACGGUUCCUGUGCCCGCUGUGUGAACAGUCUGUCCCUAGGGACGGGCUGGACCCGCACAAACGGGAGUGUAUCAUGACCAGUCUGAUAGACAGUCCCGUACACAUGUCUGUUACCAUGAUACAGAGCCUCAACAAGAACAGGGACAAGGUCCAGGUUUGUGUGGACACCCUGCGGAAGUAUCUUGAGAACAUCUUGGCCAAUCCACAUGAGGAAAAGUUUCGCAAGAUCCGCCUGACCAACAAGGCCUUCCAGGACCGCGUGGCGACCAUGGAGGGUCACGAGGAGUUCUUACAAGCAGCAGGCUUCUCUUUGAAAGAACUACCACACCAGGAUACCGUGGAACCCUUUUGGGUCCUCGGUGAGGAUAAGUGUGACGACUUAGAUACUCUCAAGUCCUAUGUCGAAGUUCUUACGACUACACAGCCGCUGAAGUUCAAAGUUGAUCGCAUGAUGCAGGUUCUCCAGCCAACAGACCAUGUCACAGAUUUCCAUCUUCCCGAUGCUUUUUACAACCUCACCACAGACGAGAUAAAGCGGGAACAGCAAGAGCGGACUGACGCGGUGCAGAAGAGCUUCCAGCUGCGUACGAAAGCCAUGCGGGAGCGCGACGAGCAGCAGAACCUGCGGAGGUACAACUUCACGCUCAUCCGCGUACGUUUCCCGGACAACCUGCUCCUCCAGGGCGUGUUCCGAGCGCAGGAGAGGCUGUCCACGCUGGUACAGUUUGUCCGCAACGCGCUGGUCAGCGAUUGGCUGCCGUUCGUCCUGAGCUCGGCGACGGGUCAGAGGUUAGAGGAGGAAGAGGUGUCCUUUGCAGAGCUGGGUUUGGUGCCUGCUGCUGUUGUCAACUUCACGUGGGACCCCUCCAUCAUGGCAGAUAUUGCAGCACAGCAGGGGGCAGCCACAAACAACCAGUACCUCAAACCCUGAACUCCUGCUUUAACCUGAUGUGUAGAAUUAAAAUGUAUUCAUCAUCAUCAUCAUAAUUAACCCUUGUCCUGCGGAGGACAACAAUUGUUGUUCUGCACAAACAGUACCAUCUAUAUAACACCCUGUAUAGGUACGAUUUGGGGGUAUUUCUCGUGCAACGCAUCACACUGCAGCGAAAUGCAACGAAUGCAGAAGUAACUAUGCCACUGCAGGGCAAAAAAAAAUUGGGCGUCUAUGAUCAAAUUAAGACAUGGAAAAUUAUUGAAAAAUAUUGUGCCAGGAAUGCCAGCAGGACAAGGGUUAAAAUGUAAUCAUACUUGUAUUCAUACACUAUGCUCCAAUAUUCCAGUCAUAGUUUGCAAAAAGAUGUAGCUUCUCAAUAUCAGACUUGAUGAUUGUUGUCUUGAUGUUGUGUUUUU